AUGGCGCCAUCCAACGCCCGCGUUUCAGUCUGGUGCAAGUUGAGCCGGCGCGGCAACUCGCGCAAGCAUCGCAGCACCGCAAGCGCUACGGUGAACGGAGCAACUGGUCGCAUGAGCGCUAUCCGCCGGCCUGGGUAG